AUGCCCCGAAGCGCUACAGCAAUGUCACAAAUAUUAAAGCGCCUGGUUACACCUCCACCAAUUAAAGGUCGAAAUCACACAGAAGCUCAAACUGAGCUUUACCUUGAAGAGCUCAGUGAAGUUAUUGAAACAGAUACCAUCUGCUGCCAGACCGAUGACUUUUUGGACAGGCCUCCAACACCCCUCUUUGUGCCCGCGAAAACUGGGGUCGAUGUCGCCACAGAGAUUCCUUCUGGCGAUCUGUUCGACUUCGAUUUGGAAGUGAAGCCAAUUCUGGAAGUUUUGGUGGGCAAGUUGAUGGAGCAGGCUCUUCUGGAGGUCUGUGAAGAAGAGGAGUUAGCUGAAAUUCGGAAACAACAGUUGGAGUUUGAGGAAAUUCGUGAUGCCGAUCUCAUGGAGAUGCAGCGCCUGGCCGAGCGGGAAAGACGACACCGGGAGGAGAAAGAACGCAGAAUAGCACAGCAUCUGGAGUACCAGGCCAAGCAGAAGGAGUUAGUGGAAAAGAUUGCCGCUAGGACCUUCGCUCGAGUUUACUUAGAACCACUGGUGCCAAACGUGUAUGAGGAUCUCUACAUCCAGGGCUACUUCUAUGAUGUCGUUGAGCAUGGUGUGGCAGAGACAUUUAUACCCUGGUUGCUGGAUGCGGUUUGUGAAGAACUGGAUGUUGAGGCGAAAUGUCGAGCACUUUUGGAUUCCAUGAUUUGCGAGGCAACAAACGAGGUAAACGAAGCCUACGCCCGCUUGGAUGCCUGCGAGUUAGAAGAGGGCGUGGUGGGGGAAGAAAAGGAGGGGGACAAGGUGAACGAACUGGAAUCAAACGAAGAAAUGAAAAGUAAAGGAUUCCACGGAAGUGAAAAUAAAGGUGAAGGUAGCAAACCUGAAAACGAAGACGCGCGGAAUCAGUCAAUUGAACCAUGA